AAAUAUGUGGGAAAAGUGAAGCGGCAUAUUAGGGUUCAGCGUACAGUAACAGUUUCCAGCAGCUACGAGAAGCGACGAAAGCAAUGGAAGCCGGGGAAAUGGAGGCGGAGCCGGCGAUUGUAAAGACAGCCCACGAUGCGCUAGAUGAGAUUUGUAGAGCGGUGGAGGAGAUCGCGGCGAAGAUUCUCCUAAUCAAGAAGGAAGGCAGGCCCAAAUCUGAGCUCCGAGAACUCAACACCCAAAUGGCCCUCUUGUUCAUCACCCUCCGUCAGUUGAAUCGAACCAUAUUGGUGGAAGAAGAUCACAUUAAAGCUGAAACAGAGAGUGCAAAGGCACCGGUGGACUUCACAACGUUGCAGCUUCAUAAUUUGAUGUACGAGAAGAAUCAUUACUUGAAAGCCAUAAAGACAUGCAGAGAUUUUAGAUCAAAGUAUCCUGAUAUAGAACUUGUCCCGGAAGAAGAGUUCUUCACAAAUGCUCCAGAAGAUAUUAAAGCAAAAGUUUUGGCAAGUGAACCAGCUCAUAAUUUGAUGCUGAAAAGAUUGAAUUACGAACUUUUUCAGAGAAAAGAGUUGUGCAAGCUUCAUGAGAAAUUGGAGCUACACAAAAAAGGCCUCGUGGAGACCAUAGGAAGCCGAAAAAAAUUCCUUUCAAGCCUACCGUCACAUCUGAAAUCCUUGAAGAAGGCAACGUUACCUGUGCAGCAGCAGCUAGGAAUUUUGCAUACCAAGAAGCUAAAGCAGCAUUAUGCAGCUGAGUUACUUCCACCUCCUCUUUAUAUUGUCUACUCACAAUUAAUGGCUCAGAAGGAAGCUUUUGGUGAGAAGAUUGAGAUGGAGAUCACGGGAAGUGUAAAAGAUGCUCAAACUUUUUCUCAGCAGCAAGCAAGCAAGGAAAAUGGUACGCCGUCAAAUAUGGAAAACAUUAGGUUGGAGGAUGAUGCACCUGAUGAAGAGGAUGAUGUUCAGAGAAGAAGAAAGAGGCCAAAGAAGAACCUUCCUAAAGAUAAUGGCGAUCAAGGAGGAAUCCUCCAAACUCAUCCUCUCAAAGUUAUUGUCCGUGUUUUUGAAGAUGAAGAUCUUCAGGCUAAACCUCUGAAGCUGAUGUCACUGAAGUUUGAGUAUUUGAUAAAGUUGAAUGUUGUAUGUGUUGGAGUUGAAGAUCAAGAGCAACUUUCUGAUGAAAAUAUUUUGUGCAAUCUUUUUCCCAAUGACACCGGCACUGAACUUCCUCAUCAGACAGCUAAGCUAUAUGCCGGUGAUUUUUUGUUCUUCGGUGAUAGAAGUAGUUCUAGACCAUAUAUGUGGGCGCAGCAUUUAGCUGGAAUGGAUUUCUUGCCCGAGCUUCCUCCACUUCAACGACGCAGUGAGGAUCUGAAAUAUGAACUGAGGAGUGCCAAUAUAUCUUCUGGACUCUCUCUUUAUCGACAUGAAAACCGAGUUCAGACUGUUUUGCAAAGGAUUCGCUCUCGAAAAAAGGCUCAAUUGGCUCUUAUGGAGCAGCUCAAUUUCUUGGUGAAGCUCAAAUGGCCAUCGCUGGAUACCGAAAAUGUCACCUGGGCUUCGCACACCCCUCUUUGUAGUUUGCAACAAUGGUCGCCCGUAAAACAUGUCGCCGACUCCUCGUUAUCUUCUAUUACUGCCGAUAAAGUUGCAGCUUCUGCAGACCCCGAGCUGGACAGUAGAUCAGCUCCUCCAUGGGAAGUAGAGAGCGCAAGAGAAGAUGGUGAACUUCCAAUGGCUUUACCAGCUACAACUGUACUACUGGCAGAUGACUCAAGCACAAAGAUUUCCAAUGAAUCUUCUGACCUCGACAUUUCUCGAAGCCUGACUUUGAUUUCGAAGAACAUCACGCCUCCAAAGAUGCUCAAAUCCUCGAGUUUCGGCCGGCAUGAAGACGAUGUGGAUCUCAUACUGGACUAUGAGAGUGAUGCGGACGAGAAAAUGUGCGUCGAAUCGGAAACUGAGAUUAUUGGUUUCAUUGACGAACCAUGGGUCGACCAUGCUGCGAGUGAGUUCCAUCUAGUUCUAUGUAGACAGGAUGGAGUGGAGCAGAAGAUGAAGUUGGAAGCUACGGUGAAGAUCGGUAUAGAAUAUCCUCUCAGAGCCCCGUUUUUUGGGCUGCGAAUCUCAUCGAAUGGUUCUCAAGAUAGCUUUGAAUGCUACAAUGAACUUCGUGCCAUGGAGUCUGAGGUGAAUUUUCAUAUUCUCAAAAUAUUACCGGUGGAGAGUGAAAAUUACGUAUUGGCUCACCAACUUCGUUGCUUGGCCAUGCUUUUUGAUUUGCAUUUCGGUACAGGAAGUGAAAAAAGGAAGGGUAGUUCUGCUAAUGAUAAUCUACCUGCAAGGCGUGCAAGGGGUAGGGAUCGCAGAAGGAUACUUUCUUGGGUAGGCAUUGGAUGUAAUAAUGAAUAUUCUUUGGGGCAUUGAUAAUAUGCACCACCCAAUUCCUAUGUGUUUACAUAUCUAACUUUUAAGCUUUAUGUUUUUUUGCUUAAUAUAUAUUACUCAA